AUGGAACCCGAGAUCAAGCAAGCCACACGACUCCUUGAAGCCCAACGGGCUGUCGACCGUGACGGACAGCCGCUCUCCUGGGUCCGCAACCGCCUGUCUUCCCAGGCCGGCACCGUAUAUACCGCCCGCGAAGUCAACAAAGUCCUCACUGAGGUUGUUGAGUCGGACGGCUCAGUUGGCGUCGUGAAGGCUCUUCUGGCCCUGGGCGCCGAUGUGAACUUCGCCCGGCGGAGACACUCCAACACCUGGAACAAGAUCACCCAGCGGAACUAUCCCGGCGAAAGAAGCAAUAUUCUCCUCCGAGCCGUCAUCCGCUGCCGCCCUGAGACGGUCUACGCGAUUGCUGGUCACGCCGACCAAGCCAACCUCGACAGCGUGCUCCACCAUGCCAUAGCCAGGGGAAACUUGGCUGUUCUGGCCGCCUUGCUCGAGCACGGCGCAAGCCCUGUUCACCUCCACGACGACUUUCAAGAGGUUGUUUUUCACGACAACCUGGACCUUCUAAAGGUCCUCUUAUCCGGCCACCACUUGCCCUGUCUGGCCUGUCGUUCCACCGGCCUUCGGAUCGCCGUCGAGAACCGGUCGCUCGAGGCUGUGCGCCUGCUCCUUGACCACUGGGCCGAUGUCAAUUACGGCGACGCCAUCGCGCUGACAAGAGCAGUCGAAAUCUCACGCCCCGACCUCGUUGCUCUUCUCAUCUCCGGGCCGGUUCAGCCAUCAUCACGCUCGCUCGAUGCUGCGGUCGGCAAGCUUCGGCAAUAUUUGGGUGAAAAUGACACAACCCUGAACCGCGAAAUGCUUGAGCUGUGUCUGUCCGCAGGUGCGAGUGGACCUGAGACAAUGCGUAUGGUAACCGAGGGACUUGUCGAACUUGUGAGGCGACGACACACUCACCUCAUUGGCAUCAUUCUGCGGCACAAAAAACCGCCCGGCCAGUACGAGGCUGCUGCCUUGAUCGAGGCUGUUCGUGCCGAGCAGUUAGAGGUUGUCGCCAAACUUCUCGAGUUCUCACCAUCCCCAUCAAGCCUCGCUGUCGGCGUCUCGCAGGCCGUUGGCGCUGGCAGCCCACAGUUCCGAUACGAAGCAACUCGCCUGCUGAUUGCGUCUGGCGCACAGGGGCCCUGCGCUGCUGAGGCCCUGGUCAAGACUGUCCAUUGCCUUGUGGCAAAUCUGAGGCGCGGCGACAAGAUGAGCAUUGAGCGGGACAUGAGGCUAUUCUACCUCUUGCUGCACGAGGGGAAAGCCGAUGUUAACUUCGACAGGGGAGAGGCCUUGCAAAUAGCAGUCCGCUCAGCAGCUGUCGAAGUAGCCGAAGAGAUCCUGGCCAAAGAACCAUCCCCCGACUCGCUGGGCGCUGCCCUGACUUGGGCCAUGAAUGUCCGCGACGAAAAGAAGAAGCGGUUGCUGGUCGAGAUGCUCGUUCGUCGCCAGAUCAACGAAGACGCUGCCGGAAAGGCGCUGGUGGCGUUGCUGAAAACGGAGCCUGUAAAUGCGAACAUUGUCGAGCUGCUCCUCACUCGCGCUUCCGUGAAUUACAACAAUGGCGAGGUAUUUAUCUACGCCAUCCGACAUUUUCGACUGGAGAUCUUCCACCUCCUUCUCGGCCAAGGGAUCAGCCACAAAUCCCUCUUCACCGCCAUUUUAGAAGCUCUGAAUGCUCCCACAUCAGAACGGAAACUCGUGUUCAGUGACCUGCUAAGUCGGAUGCAGCCCGAUCACCUCAAUACAGCCCUGAAGCACGUCGUGCUGGAAGAAGAGACGGAUCUUGCCAUGGUGAGGAUGCUUCUCGACUCGGGCGCUGACGCCGGCCAUGAGGAUGGGUUUUGCAUCAAGCACGCCGCCUCCGUUCUCAACAGAGACCUACUUCGCCUUUUGUCCGAGCACUUGGGCCCUCAUGGCAGCAUCUACAGCCAAGCCCUAGCCUCUAUCGUCAGCCGCGGCAAACAGUGGAUUGCCUUUGAGCAUGUUGAAGCGGUAAACUUGCUCUUCCAACAUGGCGCCUCAGGACCCAUCGCUGGCAGAGCAUUAGUGGAGGUCGUCGACCAUCUUGCCUGUCAACAGUCUCGCGCUGGCCUCGCCGAGACUCUCCUGCGGAGCCUGUUUGCGGCCAACGUGGACGUCAACCACGAGAAUGGCAAGGUCAUCUGCAUUGCUGCCAGCAGAGGCGAUUCUUGGAUUCUGUCACUGUUGCUGGCUCACGGCGCCACCUCUUCAUCCGCCACCCUUGCACUUACAGCCGCUAUCAUGGCUCACCACAGCGAGUCGACACUGUUGCAGCUGAUUGAGACUUUUGCAGAUAAGCGGCAUGCCACCCCAGACUUUGACAGGUCCAUCCCGGGCUUGCCUCCGCCAAUCUUUCAAUGCCUGAAAUCCUAUGGGAAGUCGACGGCCGUCCUCAGCGGUUUGGUCAAAGCCGGGUGCAGAUUGGAGACAACGAUUCCGAUGAACGUUUUCUCGCCGACCAUGAAAGACAGAGAAGAGAGGGUGGUCAGUUCAGAGCUCGAACCAGCUUCAGUUCUCAUGUGGGCCUUGCUCCAAGAGGAAGGAGUAGUAAGUUCAGCCGUUAUGGAAGCGUUGGUUCGCCAUGGCGCCGACGUCUCGUACGCGUCUCCGAAAUCACGCACCACGCCGCUCUUGAUGGCAGUGAAAUCGGGCCGAGUGGACGUCGCGCGCAUGUUGAUCGAGGCUGGGGCGAGGGUCUCUGCCAAAGAUGUGUCGGGUCACUCGGCUCUCUUUUAUGCCUCACGCGAUGGGAACUCGGAGCUGGUAAAGCUCCUGUUGGAAAGCAAGCCCGUCGUCAACGAUGGGAGCCUUCAUGAAGCCUGCCGGGGCUUUCAUGUGCAGGCAAUGAAACUUCUUCUCCAAGCCGGCCAUGAUUGCAACUACCGGUCCAUCAAGCAUGGUGGGCGGACUGCCCUAGGAGAAAUUGCUUUAAGGGCGGCUCCGCCAACUGACAUCGCCGCUGCGGAAGAAGCUUUAGAUCUUCUGGUCUCGGUGGACGCCAGCCCUCUCCUCAAGGUUCACGGGAAAACAAUCAUCUUUCUCGCCCUCGAUAACGAACAUAACGAAUCCAUCACCCGACUCCUGCUGGAUAGGAUGCUCUACCGAACCCUGAACAGUCACGAAAACACCUACCAGCAAGGCGUUCUCCACUACUCCCCCACCAUGUACGUUGCGAAGGGUAUCCUCCUCAGGGCUCCUUCUGAGACUCUGAUACAACUCCUCCGCGCCCACGGCUGCGAAGACCGCUUCUACGCCACUAUCGAAGAGGCGCAGCCCCCUGACGCAGUUGGUCUGCCCGAAGAAAUCCGCGACUACGAGCGCGACCGUCGCGCUCGCCAACGGCAAAACCGUCUCAUGGAGGAAGAACACGCCAACAAGAUCCGCCGCGAGCGUGAGAAAGCCAUCGCCAUCGCCCAGCUCGAAGACGAUAAGCACUACCGGAUGAUCCAACACCGCGAAGACGACUCCCAACAGCAGCGCCGGCACCGCGGACUAGACCACCACCAAACCAUCCAAAUGUCGGCCGAGAAACAUCACAACGACGCUCAAAUCAAGCUUAGCGCAGCCAAUGUGUACUCCCAGGUCCGCUGGCAGAAACACACCGACGACUUAGCCAUGAUCUCCCAAAAGCGCGACGCCGACCUCUCCCACCGGAACCAAGCCUACCACCAGCACCUCGACCAGCGACGAGACAAGCUCGCCCUCGAGACCGAGGCGCGAGAACUCCGCCAGGCGCGCAGCUUGGCGCACAUGCGCGAGGUGCAGCAGCAACGGUGGCAGGAGCGCUCGGAGAAGCACGCGCAGCAGCUGACGUACGAGAACCAGCGCAUGAUUCAGGAGUACGAGAUGCUGUGGAAGAAGCAGCAGGUGAAGCGGGAGGGGCGCGAGGUCAAACUGGCGGGCUCGCGGGAGACGCACGAGAUGAAGAUGACCGAGCUGAGGACGCAGAGGGGGAAUAUUAUUGGGCAGGUCAAUCUGGAGGAGCUGAGGAGGUGGCAGGAGAGUGAGAGGAGGAUGAAGAUGGGGUUGGGGCAGGGACAAGGGAAGGUGGUGCAGGGGCGGUUAUUGACGUGA